GAAGGCCUCACCAUCCUAUCAACCGCCAAGCACUUCUAUAUGUUUGUCGACAUCACGGAAUCAAAUACAGAUCACGGACAUAGAUCCGGGUCCCCACCGGCAUACCACAACCCUUGAUCCAGUUACGUCAUCGCUCUGUCUCCACCAUCCUUCUAUCGCAAUGGACAUGGAUUCAAAGGCACCCGAAGAGAGGUAGAGUUCCACAUGAACCAUGCCGCAAUAGAUCUCAAGGAUUAAUACAACAACCAUUAUUGAAGGAUCCCACGAGAAAGAGAUGAUUCAAUGAUGAGGUCGUGUCCGCAGUAGUUACCUCUGCGCAGCCCCAAUGUUUGAUCUAUGGCUUCAGAGACUCUCCGGUUCAAAAGAACUCACCUAGAAAUAGAAUGGUUCUCAUGGCCUGAGGACUCAUACAUAGAAAGAAGGGAGAAGCGAGAGGGGAGAAGAGCAUGAGAAGCAUGGCAUUGUUUUCUAUCCCCUCGUCUCCCCUCAUUUCUUCCCCCACUCAAGCCAACCCAAAUGGCUCUUUGAGAGCUAAAAGCCCCUCUCUGUCCUUCCCCCACCACCAGCUCCUUCUCCCCUUAAACACCACCAGUACUCUAUCCAUCAAAGAAGAGCUUUCUCUGAACUCCAUACCUUGGGUAGAUGACCGACAAGAAGAGCAAUCACUCAUCGAGCAAUGCGUCCUUCGAGACCAAAAGCAUCUCAAGGAGCUCAGCAGCUGGGGCAUCGGCGGCCUUUGCAGCUACUUCCUUCGAGUUUCCCAGCCCUACCAGCUCCUCGCCGCCAUCCGCUAUUGCCGGGCGAGGUCCAUUCCCUUCUUGAUCGUCGGCAAGGGCUCCAAUUGCCUCUUCGACGACCGCGGCUUCGACGGCUUUGUCUUGCUCAACCGGCUUGACCAAUUCCAAGCGAUCGAGCCCGGCGUCUAUCGGGUUGGCAGUGGAUACCCAUUCAACCGCCUCGGAGUGCGCUGCUCCAUCGAGGGGUUCUCGGGCCUCGAGUUCGCCGGUGGCAUCCCGGGGACGGUCGGCGGGGCUGUUUUCAUGAAUGCUGGAGCUGGCGGCCAGGAGACUGCAGAUGUGAUUGAUAGCGUGGAGAUGGUCACCAUGGAUGGAGAGAUCAGGGUGCUGAGGAGGAGCGACAUGGCCUUUGGAUAUCGGUGGUCAACGUUCCAACAAAUGAAGGACCUGGCCGCCAUCGUAGCGGUCACGUUUCGGUUGGUGCCGGCCGAGACCACGAGGGAACGGCAAAGGGCCUUCUUGGAGAGGCGAAGGAAGACUCAACCAAUUGGGGAACGCAGUGCCGGGUCGGUGUUUCGGAAUCCCCUGGGAAUAGGAAUGUCGGCGGGAGAGCUAAUUGAGUUGGCCGGACUCAAAGGGCUCGAGAUAGGUGGUGCAAGGGUUUCCAAGGUUCAUGCCAAUUUCUUCAUCAACUUCGAUGGAUCCACUUCAGCAGAUAUGCUGGCACUGAUUAACCAUGUCAAAGAGAGAGUCGAUCAAAUGUUUGGGAUAGAACUCAAAGAGGAAAUAAAAUAUGUACCUCAUAGAACUCAAACUAUUUAAGUAUAUUUUUCUUUUUAUAAGAAAUAUUUUUGGAGAUAAUUAGUGUCCUCCAGCCUUUUUUAUAUAUAUUUUGAUCCAUCUUAUUUUGGAGUAAGCUUACACCUCCUCCAGUAUC